AUGUCCAGGUUAACGGAUUACCGAUGGCAAAUUAUCCCCAUCAUCAGCACAUCCAACACGCUGUUCCUGAGGUUUACAUCUGAUGAGAGUGAGAGCCGUCAGGGGUUCCAGUUCUCCUACACAAAUUCCAGCAGAAUCCGUCUGGUUGGGCCUGAUGGACCAAACGAAGGACGUGUGGAAGUUCGACCGGCCGACAGUUGGACAUGGGGUGGAGUCUGUGCUAAACACUUCGACAUAAGGGACGCAGACGUUGUUUGCAGGAUGCUUGGCUACAACUGGGCAAACGGCUUUUUAGUUCGUAAAUAUGUACAAGGGCUGGCCUACAUGGCUGACCUACGAUGUGAUGGGAACGAGAGUAGCCUGUUUAACUGCUCGUACGCAGGAUGGGGAAUUCACGACUGUCGAUAUAGACGAUAUGCCAGCGUUGUCUGCGGUAAUUUCUAUGCCAUUUAUAACACAUACUACAUUGCAAGUUCUCACUUCAAUUUCCACUAUGUACAUAUGUGUGUGAUGAUAUAUUUAGAUCCCAGCAGAAUCCGUCUCAUCGGUGGUUCCGGCCCUAACGAAGGACGCGUGGAAGUCCGACCAGAGGACAGUAUGAACUGGGGCACAGUUUGCCACAACCGUUUCAACAUGGACGAUGCAGACGUUGUUUGUAGAAUGCUGGGGUAUCCUAACGCUACCCAGGUUCGAAAUGAUGCAUAUUUUGGCCAAGGAACAGGACCCAUCUACAUGGAUGACCUACGAUGUGAUGGUAACGAGACCAGCCUCUUCAGCUGCUCUUACGCAGGGUGGACGAUUAACGACUGUGAUCAUGGCCAAGACGCAGGCGUGGUCUGUCGUACAGGUACGUCCAUUUUACUCUAA